AUGAAAUCCGUAUCGCCAACCUCUCCCUCUUCCUCCGUCAGCCCCGGGCGGGCCAAGCACCUCGAACGCAACCGCGUCGCCGCCAAUAAAUGCCGCGAAAGAAAAAAGAGAGAACACAAGCAAAUCGAGCGUCGCCUCAGCGAUGAAACGGAAAAGAAAGAUUUGCUCCUAGCACAGUUGAACUGUCUACGAGAAGAAGUCUGGGGGUUGAAAAACCUCAUCUUCCAACACGCCGAGUGCCAAGACCAUCAAAUCAACCACCAGCUGGCCAGAAUGACCGAGACCGUCCUGCACGGUAAUCCUAACAUGGAGGUCAAGCCUGGCCUACCCACAACCACAUCUCCUUUUUCAGGGACGUGGUCCGAUGAAUCAGUCGCGGAUGAUUCCAACCCCGCCGGAUCGGGCGCAUUUAAUCCCAACACAUACGAGCGCAACGAUUGGACGGUGUUGCCUGCGAUCGCGAACGAUUUCGCCCCUUACGAGCCGAAUGGUUUUAUCGAUACGCUGUUUGAUAACUUUAUCGAGGCGGACAAUGUGUAUGCCUAA